UGUACGUCAACAAUCGACUCGUCACACUCAUAAAUCAGUCCAUUAUUUUCAGACACCCCUUUUUUCAGCUCUCAUUCUUUUCAAUCCGCCACUGCUCCCAGCAUGAAUUCUUCAGCAUAAAAUGGAGAAAAGAUCGCCUUUUUACCGAUUUUCGAUGCUUCCCUGAACCUAAAUCAUCUUUUAACUCGACAAUUUUACAGUUUUUUGGUGGCGUGGAGGAGUGAUCUGCUGACUAGAGAUGGAGGGUGGGCUAGUUGGGUCGGAGAUUCAUGGCUUCCGCACCAUGGAAGAUUUGGAUUUCCCGAAUAUCUCGGAGGAGGCCACGUCAAGAUGGCUCCGACCAAAUGAGAUUCACGCGAUUCUCAGCAACCACAAGUAUUUUUCUGUUCACGUCAAACCCAUGAAUUUGCCAAAAAGUGGCACAAUUGUGUUGUUUGAUCGUAAGAUGCUCCGGAAUUUUCGGAAAGAUGGCCAUAACUGGAAAAAGAAGAAGGAUGGAAAAACUGUUAAAGAAGCUCAUGAACACUUAAAAGUUGGCAACGAAGAAAGAAUCCAUGUAUACUAUGCUCAUGGAGAAGACAAUACUACUUUUGUUCGCAGAUGUUAUUGGCUUCUUGACAAGUCUCUGGAACAUAUUGUUCUUGUGCAUUAUCGUGAGACUCAAGAGUUGCAGAACUCCCCAGCACCAACGGUAAAGUCGCCGAUUGCUACUUGGACUUUGCCUGAAGGAUCCGAGCCUGCAAUAGACUCACUGUAUUAUGAUGGCAGCAUGCCAAUCUUAGAGCGUAAUGACAGUGUGGUGAUUAAAACUCAUGAACAGAGACUUCAUGAGAUCAAUACACUCGACUGGGAUGAGCUUGUGGUGCCAAUUGAUCCCAACAACCACAAUUCACCACAAGAAGGUAAUAGUGCAGGAUUUGAGUUGCCAAAUCAACAUCACAUGAACAACUAUAAAAUUAGCAAUGAUGCAAGAUCAACUAAUAAAUUAUCACCAGAAAGCUCGGACAACAGUUACUCUGGACAGGUUGCUCACUCAGUCAAUUACAAAAUCCCCAACAAUUCAUCCUACCAGACAGUGGGCCAUGAGACAACUUUUAGUUCGGAUACUAGAAUUUCCGGACUUGUGACGUUAGGUGGAGCUGGUAAUGGCAUGCUUUCCGUGGGUGCAGACAGUUCACUAUCACCGGAUAGUUUUGGAACAACACAUGUGAUUGCGGGAUCUCCGGAAUCAGUUGACAAUCAAUCCUUGGAAUCCUCACUUUUAAAUCCGCAUCAAUCCUUCUCGUAUGACAUGAAGGAUAAUCAUCACCACUCUCCAUUGGGGCAGAUAUUCAACGUAACUGAUAUCUCCCCGUCAUGGGCUCUUUCGACUGAGGAGACAAAGAUCUUGGUAGUGGGGUUUUUCAGUGACGGGCACCAACACCUUGCAGAUUCCAAGCUGUAUCUUUCUUGUGGAGAUUUGGUCAUUCCAGUCGAAGUUGUACAAGCAGGAGUAUUCCGAUGUUUAAUUUCAUCUCAAGCUCCUGGAUUGGUGAAUCUGUUCAUGACUUUCGAUGGUCAUACACCCAUCAGCCAAGUCCUCACUUUUGAAUUCCGUGCUCCUAUACAACCCAAAGGAUUCGUUUCAGCCGAAAACAUAGACAAUUGGGAGGAAUUUCAGCUCCAGAUGAGACUUUCUCGUCUUUUGUUUUCAUCAUCCAAGGACUUGUUGAAUAUCUACUCGUCUAAACCAUCCCCGACUGCUUUAAAGGAAGCCAAAGUUUUUGCUAAGAACACUUCUGGCAUUUCUCAUGAAUGGGGGGAUUUGUUGAAAAUGAUCGAAGAAGCGAAAAUGUCUUUUCCCCGGGCAAAAGAAAGGCUGUUUGAAUUGACUUUGCAGAAUAAGCUACAGGAAUGGUUGCUAGAAAAAGUGGCGACUGGGUGUAAUAUUACUGAUCGUGACGAACAAGGUCAAGGUGUUAUUCAUUUGUGCGCUGUCCUUGGAUAUACGUGGGCAGUUCGCCUGUUUUCGCGUUCUAGCUUAUCAUUGGAUUAUCGAGACAAAUAUGGAUGGACGGCCCUGCAUUGGGCUGCAUAUUAUGGGAGGGAGAAAAUGGUGGCAGUCCUUUUAUCUGUCGGGGCGAAGCCAAAUUUAGUCACAGAUCCAACCUCACUAAACCCUGGUGGAUGCACUGCUGCUGAUCUUGCUUCUUUGAGUGGUCACGAGGGUUUGGCAGCUUUUCUGGCUGAGAAGGCUUUGGUUGCCCAAUUUAAGGAUAUGACGUUGGCUGGAAACGUUAGUGGCUCGCUGCAAACAACCACAAAUGACAUGGUGGACACCGGGAGUUUCACCGAGGAGGAGGUGUAUUUGAAGGAUACCCUUGCAGCUUAUCGAACAGCAGCUGAUGCAGCGGCACGUAUCCAGGCUGCAUUCAGAGAACAUGCUCUCAAAGUCCAGACAUUAGCAGUUGAGGCGUCGAACCCAGAGAUCGAAGCACAAAACAUAGUUGCAGCGAUGAGGAUCCAGCAUGCUUUCCGCAACUACGAAACACGCAAAAAGAUCGCGGCCGCCGCCAGGAUCCAGUACAGAUUCCGUACAUGGAAGAUCCGCAAAGAUUUCCUUACCAUGCGCCGUCAAGCCAUUAGAAUUCAGGCUAACUUCCGCGGCUUCCAAGUUCGGAGGCAAUACCGUAAAAUCUGUUGGUCUGUUGGUAUCCUCGAGAAAGCAAUACUGCGAUGGCGCCGGAAAAGGAAAGGCUUCUGCGGACUUGAAGUCCAAGCUGAUGAGACUCUGCGAGAUCCAAAUCAAGAAAGUGACGUGGAAGAGGACUUCUUCAAGGCCAGCAGGAAGCAAGCUGAGGAGCGUGUCGAGAGGUCCGUUGUCAAAGUGCAGGCAAUGUUCCGUUCGAGACGAGCGCAGGAAGAGUACAGAAGGAUGAAACUAGAAUGCAAUCAACUGGAAUACGAAGAACUACUCCGUUCUGAUACUGAAAUGGGAUGAGAAAGGUGUUUCUAGCACGGUAAAAAAGCUCAUCUCGACUCGACUGGACUCUGCGUAGAUUUGUAAAUUUUUAAACUUGAGUAGGCCCUUUUGUUUGGAUGAUUGCAUCUCUCCCCCUUUACAAGUUAUAUGGAGUUUUGGGGGAGGUCACUUCUCUUACUAGUGGAUCUUGAUUCUCAUGAAUCUUGUUUGCUGAUGGCCCCUUUUUAGACACAAAUGACUAAUAUAGUGCCUCUUUAGUGUUUUGCAUAUGUUGUAUAUAUAUUGAUGAUGUCAUAUUGUACACAUGUGUAUAGUGAUGAUGUCACAAUAUACUUGCGUAUUGGACUCCUUGCUUAAUACUUAAUAUUAUGCAAUUUGUAUA